GUUUUUAAUGUCAUUGGUCUGCGCGUUGCAAUACAUGCAGUGUGUCAACAUACACACAUCGGCGUACACACUUAACUUAAUCGUGAAACGCUUUUCAUUUCAGUAUUUACAGUCACGAUGUCUCUCUUCGGGGUGUGCAUGACCUUCAACAUAUAUUACCUUUUGCUGCGGUUAUCAAACGUGAUAUUCAUUCAGGAGAUGACUCCCGCGGAAGAACAUAAAUUCAAUUUAACGUCACAUUUACUGUGUCCAAACUUCAACUGCAAAAGCAAGGAAUGCAGCCUGGACAACAGUAUAGGGGCGAGAGUGUGCUCUGGUGUAUGCACGGACGGAUGGAGAGGAUCAACGUGUCAAAACCUUUGUCCACGAAACUGCAUCAGAUGCAACAAAUACUCCGGAGUCUGUAGCAAAUGCAUGGAACCCUGGUCUGGAUUGAAAUGCACGUUCCUUGUGGUUAAAAAGGGAGACGAUAGUGGGGAGGCUAAAGUGAAGGUACUUCAUGGCCGCCGACUGCACAAUUCACAACGCCAUUGUUUGGACGACCAUUGCGUGUUCUGUAAGGAAGGUUGGUUUGGGGAGGAUUGCUCAGGUGAAUGUCCAAACAACUGUUAUGCGGGCUGCCACAAAGCGGAAGGGUACUGUGACCAUAGCUGCAAACAAAGUUUUUAUGGUCGACUGUGCAGCGAAUCCUGCUCACCACAUUGCCGAGAAGGCUGCAAUCAGACCACAGCCUACUGUUUUGGAGGAUGUGCAAGGGGAGUCUUUGGUCCCCAAUGUACACAGACCUGCAUAACCACUUGUGACAAUGGCGUCUGCGACAGAAGAAGCGGGAAAUGUACUGAAACAACGACAGAAACAUCACAUAUGAAGGAGGAAUGCCCGAAAGGAUUUUACGGGCCCUACUGUGAAGACAAACUCCCAAGUAUUCCCCUAUAUAUUUUCAUUGGCGUCAUCAUCGGUCUUGUGCUUGCAGUUCUAUUGUAUGUGUGUGUCAAACGGAGAGUUGUAUCCUAUAUGAGGUACCUGAACAUUGAUAUGACGGAAAUGUCAAGCGACUCGGAGAAUGACGACCUGUGCAUGUCUCUCCGCGUCGUGACAGAGAAAGGAAAGCGUUUGACUAUACGUUCACGAACUUUAGGAAUAACCAAGAAGAGGCAGCCAAAGAUAUUAACAGCGUAACUCUGUCCUGUUACUAACGAAGUGUACGACGGAAAAGUUUCUGUACUGUAUCGCCUCGGUGGUCCAGUGGAUAGAGCGUUUGCCCGGAGCGCUGAAGGUCGGUGGUUCGAUCACCCGGCCGCGUCAUUUCAAAAGACGUUAAAAGAUAUUACUUGUUGGCGACGUUGAAACAAGAAAAAGAAACAUAAAUUAUAAUAACAUCAAAAGAAGAAUCAGGUUUCUGUUUUCUUUCGUUAAACUUCAUCAUGAAAGGUUUUAUAUAAAUAUUCAAUAAUGUACGGCCUAUUUCAUGUAGCGAUACAACAGCGUUACCGCGAUUAUGUAAUUAUUGCC